AUGAGUUUAAAGUUCUCGGUCUACUCUACUGAAUUCAGGUAUUAUGGAAUGAACCGCGUGGAGGAGCAGAGUGUGGCAGCGAUUUUGGAAGCAGCACAGGGUAUGGGAGUUGAGGUCAAAACGAACUUACGAGAACUGGCCAGCGAAAUCGCCAGCAAACUAAAUGAUAAAAUUGCCUUCGAACCAAAUCAUCCAAAUUUCGCUUAUUCAAUUCGUGAACCGAUUUUCAACGCCACGUACAAGCGCACGCCAGUGCGCGGAUUCGCUCGUCGAAUUCGCCUGAAGUCAAAGUGUUCAAAAGGUUUUCUGGUUCUCGACGGGGCCACGAAAAUUCCAUUCAACAGCGGCACUGAAGUGCUUCUGGAGAUCAAUGAGGCCGAUUCUCUUCGAACAAUCACUUUUGUAGUCAGGGAUCUACUGGCAAUUUCCUCUUAG